CUGUUCUCACAGUCUGUAGGGGGGCGUUCCCAAAUACACACAUGACUUUGAGUGAGUGGAGAAGAUGUCUUUGUUUGCAGAAGCUACCAAGAAAGCUGCGAGCGCACGCUUCAAGCAGCCCCAGCUAGAUGCUGAGGGACAACAGAUUGAGUAUGAUGUUCGUGAGGAUGAGGACCAAGAUGUGAAGCUACAGGAGAGCAUCAACCUGUUACUAGCUGCUGGCUACUUCCGAGCUCGUAUCAAGGGACUGUCCCCAUUUGACAAGAUAGUGGGUGGAAUGACGUGGUGUAUCCAAGGCAGCAACUUUGAUGUAGACGUUGACCUCCUCUUUCAAGAGAACUCCACCAUUGGCCAGAAGAUUGCUCUCACAGAGAAGAUCGUGGCUGUGCUGCCGCGUAUGAAGUGUCCUCAUCGCCUGGAGCCUCAUCAGAUUCAAGGGCUGGACUUCAUCUCUAUCUAUCCUGUCAUCCAGUGGUUGGUCAAGCUUGCUAUAGAAACACGAGAGGAAACUGGCGACUAUGUCCGAGCUUUCUCUGUGUCGCAGUUUGCCAAGAAUCACAUGACACCCGAGGACAUUGAUUUUGAAUCACGCAAGGAUCGAGCUAUUGGGUCGCUGGGGAGUGUGAAGAGUGCGUACAAGCCGCAGCGUCGCUAUCGUAAGCCACGAGGAGGGGAACAAGAUGAGGAGAUGUUGGUGCACACUACGCUACUAGAGUAUGGCAGACGCUAUGGCCUGGGCAGAGUCAUCAAGUCAUCCAAGGAUGAUUCCAAGGAGUCUCAGAAGAAGAGAGCCCUAGCCAACAAGUUAGGGGGUGUGGCCAACGAGGGGGAGGGGGAGGACAGUAGAGCAGCCGAGGAGAAGAGGAUCAAAGCACUCAUGAAGAAUAUGGAGGAAGCAGAGGGAAGUCUGUUCCUGUCCAAGGCUGCAGUGGGCUCCAUAGUGGGACUACAGUCAGCUGAGAUACAACAGAUGGUGUCAGAGUACGAGGAGAAGAGGGCGGGGCUUGAGGCAGGGAAACGCCCUGACAAGGUGGCUGGAGCACAGACGCAUGCUCGAAUGGUGGCCGCCCUCGAGAAGCAGAUCACUCUACAGGGGAAGAAGUGUGAGGAGGCCCAGGGCAGACAUGAUGUCAUCUAUGAGGAGUAUCGUCAUGCACAACAACAGCUGGAGAAGGUGGAGGCUUACAGUGCCAAGAUUGCUGAAGAAAUGGACAAACUGGAUGCAAUGGAAACUGAUGAGAAUAGAGAAGUGCUGCAACAACUUCGUGCUCUGGUGGCCAUGAAUGAAAACCUCAAGAAACAAGAACUACAGUUCAAAGCUCACUGCAAGGAUGAGAAGGGUCGUCUGGAUGAUGCUAUCAGGAGACUGGAGGCAGGGGAUGUGGAUAUUGUGAGUGAGGAGGAUGACAGGAUGACAGCCAUUAGACAACACUACCAGGCUGACAGUGAGAGGCUCACUAAGAUCAAGGCCCUACAGGCUCGUAAGAACAGGGAGAUAGCACUACUACAGAGGAAGAUUGAUGAAGUGCCAUCACGCACUGAGCUCUCACAAUAUCAGAGACGAUUCAUUGAACUCUACAACCAAGUGAACUCUACUCUGAAUGAGACCAGGCAGUUCUACUCACUCUACAACACUCUGGAGGACCAGAAGGCAUACAUGGAGAAAGAGGUUGGAAUCUUGAGCACUAUUCACGAGAAGUUUGACAUUGCUAUGGAGUCUGAGAAGAACAAGGGAUUAUUCCUCACUCAAGUGGAGCAGUUUCUGGAGGGCAUUAAACAAGACAGAGGCAAGCUCGAGCGUAAGAGGGAGGAUGAGAAGAAUGAGAAGGAUCGACUCAAUGCCAUCUAUCUGGAGCUGGUGGAGAAACAGAGAAGCUACUACAAGACUGUCAGGGACUUCCAAGAGGAGUGUCGCAAGAAUGAGAUACUAAUCUCCAAGCUGAGGGCCAAGGGUCUGACUAACUAACCUAUUGACAGACUGACUAGCUGACUAGCUGUAACUGUAGAAUUCUCUUAGACUCAUAAUAGUGUGUGUUUGUGUGUUUGGAGAUGUUAGAAUAUAAAUCAUAUAUUGCCUGGUUCAUUUGA